UCACAACACCACGCGCGCUUGUCUAGUUGUGAAAUCUGUUCGCUUGCGUUUAGUUUCGACCAAAGUUGAAUGCGUUGAAUGCGCUGAGUGCGGGCCGUAGCGGCAACGAGAUAGCGAGACAACGAGACAAAUAGCGACAAAAAAAGGAUAUACCCGAUAUUAAAGUACACCCGGCCAAGGAUACAUCUCAAAACAGCGACACGAGCAAAAACGCAUCCAUCGAACAGCUGAGCCCAAGAUCCAGGAGCUCAUUGGAGCGACGGCUUGACACAAUCCUCCUCACCGACAGACCGACAGACACACACAGAGACAUACACCCAGAGACUGGCACAAGCGAAAGCGGAAGCAAGCUUUUGAGAACGGUACCGGUACGAAACAAGAAGCUCCGCUUGGCUCUUUGGCCCAGAGCUUGGCUUGGGCUUACCCCACGAACGCAGCCAAAGGAGCAAGAGACGCUCUCUUAGCGUAACGCAACGUCACGCAACGCAACGAUAAGCGCCAAACGUGUAACGGCAAACGUCGAACGUCGAACGUGAAACGUUUCAAUCCGCGUCACACGAAAGCAGAGAAACUACCGCCCAAAAAGAAAAGCCAACAAAAGCUAAGCUAAAAAUUCUCGAGUGCAGUGCUGAAGAAUCCAGAGAAUCGAAUAAGAAUAAAAGAAUAAAAAUCAAAUAAUAAAGAAAAUCGAGCGCUGAGAGAGGGAGCGCGUAGAGAGAUUUUGUGCAUUCGAUAUAGUUGAUCCUGCAUGCAGGACACGCGCUAAAAUCGUCCAAGUAAGUGCUUCAAGAUUUACUCGCCAACAACAUUCGACGCCUCAAGGGCGUUCAAGCUGGAGGAGGAUUUCGUCGGCGGCUGCAUGACAAUGUCGAUGUACUCGACAACGGAUAAAAUGAAAAUGUCAGCGCCCAGUUGUUUUCCAGGACGCUACAGUCCCUCCUAUCGAAGUUCGGAGCAAAUGCGGCGCUGCAUGCCAAAUCCAUCUAGUCGUUUAUUAGAAGAUGCUUCCCUAUUAUGCAAUUCGUGGUCAGCACGUCAGAACGGUGAUAUCUUUGCGGGCAUCAACGAUGGCAUUCUCAGCAGAGCGGAGGCCCUGGCUGCCGUCGAUAUCCAGAAACACCAAGCCCAGCAUGUACAUAGCCAAAUGCCCUCCCAAAUCAAGCACGAUGUGAUGUAUCAUCACCACACAAUGAGUGGGCCCCCGCAACGACCAUUACAGAAUUCGUUUUGCUCUUUGCAACAGAUGCACCAUUCAAUGGAUCAACUGGAUAUGCUGGAUCCGACGGGCCAAAUGACAACAUUAGCGCCCAUAUCGGAGUCACCAUUAACGCCCACACACCAGCACCUGCACGGUUCCUAUCACAGUAUGAAUCACAUGAUGAGCCACCACCAUCCGGGCACGUUAAGUGGCCACACGGGGGGACACCAUGGACACUCAGCGGUACAUCAUCCUGUUAUAACGGCGGCGGUGGCUGCCGCUGGCCUGCAUCCCGACACCGACACCGAUCCCCGAGAGCUGGAGGCGUUUGCGGAGCGCUUUAAGCAGCGGCGCAUUAAGCUAGGUGUCACGCAAGCCGAUGUGGGCAAGGCCCUGGCCAAUCUCAAGUUACCUGGCGUCGGUGCGCUGUCGCAAAGCACAAUCUGUCGGUUCGAGAGCUUGACGCUGUCGCACAACAACAUGAUCGCCCUCAAGCCCAUACUGCAGGCGUGGCUGGAGGAGGCCGAGGCGCAGGCGAAAAACAAGCGACGUGAUCCGGAUGCGCCCAGUGUGCUGCCGGCGGGCGAAAAGAAAAGAAAAAGGACUUCCAUUGCGGCACCUGAAAAGCGUUCCCUGGAAGCCUACUUUGCCGUCCAGCCGAGGCCAUCCGGUGAGAAAAUCGCGGCCAUCGCAGAAAAGCUGGACUUGAAGAAAAACGUGGUGCGUGUCUGGUUCUGCAAUCAACGCCAAAAACAAAAACGUAUAGUUAGUAGUGUAACACCAUCAAUGACUGGCCACGGUUCGGCGGGAUUCGGAUACUGAUAGUCGUUUAUGACGGCAGCGGCGGCGGUUAACACGGCGGCAGCAGCGGCGGCGGCAGCAGCGGCAACAGCAGCAGCAGCAGCGGCAACAACACCAUCAUCAUCAUCAGCAGCAGCAGCGGCAGCGGCAACAGCAACGUCACUGUCCAUGACGGGCGACUAUUAUCUUUAGGGGAUUCAUCAGAUAUAGAUUUCCAAAAAGGAUCCGAUACGAUGUGAUGUGAUGAUGGGUUUGAAGCGGUAACCAUAAUAAUAAUGAUGAUGAUGAUGAUGAUGAUGUUGAGAUGAUGAUGAUGAUGAACGAGAUGGAAUGAUGAUGAUGAUCAGCAGCCGCAGCAGCAGCAAACGAUUCUUUCUUCAAUUCUUCACUCUUCUCAUUAAUCAAACAACUACAGCAACAACAACAACCAAAGCAACAGCAGCAGCAACAGCAAAAACUAAUACUUAUAAAUAGCAGCAAACACAACUAUCAACAUUUAUCCAAUCUUCCCCCUAAACCACCAUACCCACCUUUCACAAUCCUUGAGCGAAUACCCC